AUGAAGCUAAGAGCCUUUGCCACCACACUCUUCGCGGCACUGAUUGCUUGUGCUAGUGCGACUGUCGAUCAUGACAAGAUCGAACCUAUUCCUCAACCCGAGCCUGUCACGAUCUCUGAGAAGGCUGCUAUCAAGUUCAAGCCGCAGUUGUCCACUUCGAAUAUCGCUUGUGUCUUUUCCUGCCCUAUGGAGAACGGCGAGUACCAGGACUUGGUCAUGUGGGAACAACUCACGGACGCAGCUCGUGCAGCUUUGAACAACGGCGACAGCUUUGGAAAAGCGGAGGUCCCUUUUAGUGACGAACACUUCGAGGACCACCUCGCCGAGGCGUGGCCGCUCUGA